GAGUUUAUUAAUUCGUAGUUAGUUGCCUCUGUGAUCUGAUCUGUGAUCAAUUGAAUUCCUAUUGUAGUUACACAAGUUUUACAAGUAUUUGAUUAAAAUGAAAUUUCUAACAAUCGCUGUCGCUGUCGUCCUUAUGACCAUCGCGGUUAUAGCCGAAGAGCAGUACACGACUAAAUUCGAUAAUGUUGAUGUCGAUGAAAUUCUCGCAUCGGAUCGUUUAUUCGAUAAUUAUUUCAAAUGCUUAGUUGACGAGGGUAAAUGCACACCCGAAGGUCGUGAACUAAAGAAGACAUUGCCCGAUGCCUUGGAAACGGCGUGCACCAAAUGCAAUGAUAAGCAAAAAGCGACUGUCGAUAAAGUUAUACGCUUCCUCACCGAGAAAAAGCCUGAACAAUGGAAGGCAUUGCAAGCGAAAUACGAUCCAUCCGGUGAAUAUCUUAAAAAAUACAGAGCCGAAGCUGAGAAACGUGGCAUUAAGGUUUAAAUUAAUUUAAUGCUUUAACGCGUCGAAUGCUAAUACUCCCCAAAGUGUAACAUGUGCAAAUAGUUAUUUACUAAACAUUUUUGUUGAGUGUAUGCUAUAAAAUUGUAUAUCCUUUCAAGUAUUUUAAAUAAAAUAUACAUCCGGCUGUUAACUAUUAAUUUACAAAGCAAAA